AUGCCUCGAGAAUUGUCGCGAUCCCGAUCGCCUUCCUAUAGACGGAGGCAUUCUCCAUCACCUGUGGGACACAGGUAUAGCAGGAGGAGCAGAAGAGACAGAAGCCGAUCUCCAUAUUCAUCCUACCCUUACAGCAGGCGAAAAAGUCGUUCUAUUUCACCAAGAAGUUACAGAAGUCCUUCUACAACUCCAAGACGACGGCGAAGCCGAUCUCCAUCUGCUAAACGAUACAGAAGACAUAGAAGUAGGAGUUCCUCAUUUUCUCCUGCUCGUAAAUCUUCCAGUUCAAGUCCUGGGUCAGUAGAGCACAGAACUGCUACUGAAAAACAAAAGAAAGAAGAAGAGAAGAAAAGGCGUCAACUUGAAGCAGAGUCGAAAUUAAUAGAAGAAGAGACUGCCAAGAGAGUUGAAGAAGCAAUUCAAAGGAGAGUUGAAGAAAGCUUGAAUUCUGAGGAGGUUCAGGUGGAGAUUCAAAGGCGGUUGGAAGAGGGACGGAAGAGACUUAAUGAUGAAGUUGCAGCUCAGCUUGAAAAAGAAAAAGAGGCUGCUGUUAUCGAGGCUAAACUGAAGGAGGAACAAGCUCGUAAAGAGAAAAAAGAUCUUGAAAGGAUGCUGGAGGAGAACCGGAGGAAAGUGGAAGAAGCUCAGAGAAGGGAAGCUUUAGAGCAGCAAAGAAGGGAGGAGGAACGAUAUAAAGAGCUGGAAGAGAUGCAAAGACAGAAGGAAGAAGCUAUGCGAAGGAAGAAACAAGAGGAGGAGCAAGAACGAUUAAACCAAAUAAAGUUGUUGGGUAAAAACAAAUCUCGACCAAAAUUGUCAUUUGCUCUUGGAUCCAAAUGA